CGCCGUCUGUGCAAAAUUAAUGUUUGAUCAAGCGGAAUACGUUUACUGUAAUCAAACUGCGUUAACACUCAGAAAGCGCCAAAAUGGAACGGUCUCGAGUUGACAGUGAUAAUACCAUUCUGUUUAUGGACGUUUUGCCUUUGGCUCAGCCUGGUCAUUAUUUCAUUCUGUAGCACAUUGGUUCUGCAGAUCCAAAUCCACCCACGAAAGCCGAGAUGUGGUGAUGAAAAAUGCCUUCUUUCAGCAUAUAUUUAGUAUGCUUUUGUUUUCUACUGGAUUUGUCUCUGUCCUUGAGAGAAAAGAAUAUCAAAUGCGCCUCUCCCCCAGAGUGUCGAGAUGGAUGCACGGAUGGAUACAGAGGACCUUACUGCAACAGACGGUGUCCAAGAAAAUGUUUAAAAUGUCACCGUUACACAGGAGAUUGUUCGAGUAAUUGCCACGAUGGACAUUUCGGCAGGCGUUGUAGUACGCGGUGUUAUUUCUGUAACAAGUGUGACAUGUACGGCAACUGUCUGUCGGAGGAUGACACAGAAGAAGCUACGUCCUUCACGACAGCCAACUCAGUUACUUCGAGGGUCACCAUUAGAACCAGGCGUUUGAAGGCCUCGCGUAACUAUGCGGAUUUCCCUGAUGAAUCCUGAGCAGGCGAAAAUUUGAAUUAAAGAGGGAUAUAUGACUUUUAAACGAGGCUUCUGACUUUUUCUUUAUAUAAAAUAUAUUAUCUCAAGCCCCCUUGCUACUUUAGAGGAGAGGUGCCAGCAACAUAGAAGGAUUUUCUAUUCGUAUAUAUAUAUGUAUAUAAUAACAGUGUUCUAGCUAGCAAUAAAUAGAGGGGCGCUGCGCCCUGCCCCCGUGUUGUGCCGCCGUGCCGUGUUUGUUGCCGAACCGCCCCUGCUUAUCGCCGCCCUGCCCUAAUUCAUUGUCAAACAAAAAUACGAAAUCUUGCUUUCGUCUCAAAGCGUGUACAGUGUUGUUACGAGUCUGAAUUCACAACUAAAAAACAUUUGACAAUACAUUGUUUGGCCACAGUUGUGAAAGCCGA